AAGCGUGGCGAGGUAUAGCUUCGUAGACGGAAGCCCAGUACGUUGAGAAAAUACUUCAAAGGCGUUGGCUUCGCUGUCGGUGUCCUGUUCAAAACAGCAUGCAGACAGAUGUCACUGUCAUGGACUGAACUGGAACUGGAAGGACAAUCUGUGACUCAGGUGCUGUGGACCGGCCGAAACAGAGAUGGCGUACUCCUCCAUAUUGCCGUACACGUAUGUGUAUAUGGAUUGUGAAGCAAAGGACUUGACUUCUGCUAUAUCAAAAUGCAUGAGCUGUGACAAGGACAGUAGUGGUUUGAUCAGAGGGUUACAAAAUCUAUGGACAUCCCACACAAACCCAAACCCAGUGAUACCAUGUCUCUCUGUCAGAAGUGGCUUUGACCUUUUCCUCAAGGUCAUGAAGUUUCCACCACGAUCAGAGAUCAUAAUGUCUGCUAUCAACAUUCCAUCAAUGCCUUAUAUUGUACAAGAUCAUGGACUCAAAGUAGUGCCCCUAGAUGUAAACAUCGAAGAUGUUGCUCCCAAACCUGAUAAGAUGGAAGAUCUACUGACAGACAAAACUGUGGCCAUUUUGGUGUCGCACUUAUAUGGCAAGAUGUUUGACAUGGAACCAACAAUACAGUUUGCAAAGAAACAUAAACUCUUUGUGAUAGAAGAUUGUGCCGAAGCAUUUUGUGGCUUCAGUCAUAUUGGUCACCCUGAUAGUGACAUCUCGCUUUUCAGUUUUAGCGUCAUCAAGCACUAUACCUCAUUCGGAGGGGCCAUAGCUAAAGUAAGAGAUCAGGAUGUUUUUCAGAAAAUGUUAGACCUCCAUAACUCCUAUCCAGCUCAAACAAAUGGAGAGUAUCUCAAGAAGGUUCUCAAGUAUUCCUUGGUUUAUAUAGUUCUCAACUGUCCAAGUUUAAUCAAACCUCUUGUUUACACAUCUCGUAGCCUGGGAAUAGACCACCAGAAGAAGGUGAUCAAGAUGCUGAGAGGGUUCCCACAGGAUAUGAUGGCCAAGAUACGACACCGCCCCUCUACAGCAUUGUUGGACAUGAUGCUGGAGAGACAGUCUAACUUCUCCAUGGCCGAGUUCUGUACAAGACGCCUCAAGGGGGAGUAUGUGCAUCACCGUCUGCCUGCAGACAUUGAGGUUGUUGGGGCAGGACUUGAACACAACAACUACUGGCUGUUUCCCAUACUUGUGGACAAUCCUGACAAUUUUGUGAAACAACUCAAUUCGUUUGGUGUUGAUGCCUACCGUGGUGCAACACAACUCAACAUCAUUGAACCUGAAAACGGCAACUCUACAAUGCAUCCUGCUGCAUCCAUGAACCAACGCUACCCUCACGAGGCUAAGUAUCUCAUUGACCAUGUUGUGUACUUGCCAGUCAACAAAACUGUGCCUUUCCAUGAACUGGACCAGUUGAUCAAAACCAUCAAGAUGGCUGUCAAGUUAAACAAGGCACAAACUGAUUCUCACCAGGUCAAACUGGCUUCUAAGUUAUAAGCUGUGAUUACAGUAUGUAAAUGGAUGUCAGUUUAUAUUGGGGUUUGAUUUUUGUGUGUUUGAAACUUUGGAGAAAUGCUGAGCAUAUGUGUAUACUGAGCAAACAUUGUGAUAUAUGAAUUGUCCGUGAAUACACAUUGAAUUGCAGAAGUUGGUCACAAGUAAAAAAAAAGAU